CAUCGCGAAGCCGGAUAUCGUGGGGUAGUUCCGAAUGUUACCGGGACACAAAUGCAAUCACAUUCGUAACACCUGAGUCGUGGCGAAGCCAGUAAAAGCAAUAUGGGUUAAAAGAGGAAAAUAGAAGGAUGUCCCCGGUCGAAGGGUUCAAUCGUCCGAUUUCAAGGGAAUAUAACGGUCUUCGUUGCGCUUCGACCUGGACGACAGUAAUACGUAGAAAGAGAGUCUUGAGACGCUAGAAGCACGUAGAAGUCACUGAGAUGGCAUUUGACAGGCUCGUCCGAUUCAUCCCACGUCGACAAUUCGCCCGACCGUUGAUCGGACAACCCGUCGAUCGGCUUAUCGACGUCGGCAAAGCUGUCUACGAAGGCAAGGCCGUCGAAGUACGGGCAUUCAGCGGAACCUCUGUCUUGAAUUCCGGUUCGCCGACAGAUCAGAUAGAGACCAUCGAUCGCAUAUUGUCGCCGCUAUCCGCGGAUGAGGUCGGAACGAUCCGGUGUAUUGGAUUGAAUUACGCGAACCAUGCUAAAGAGGCAGAUGUCGAAGUUCCUGACAUACCUAUGAUGUUCAUGAAGCCCGCUACGGCGCUAGCGGAUCCCUGGCCGGUUCCCACCGUCAUCCCGAAGCACACUCUGAGGGACGACUGCGCGGACUACGAAGCCGAGCUAGCCAUCGUGAUUGGGAAGCCAUGCAAGAACGUGAGCGAGGCAGAGGCACCGGGCUACAUCCUAGGCUACACAGCCGCCAACGACGUGUCAAGCAGGGCCUCGCAGUUUUCCCAGAGCCAGGUCUGCUACUCGAAAGGGUUCGAUGGGUCCUGUCCCCUUGGCCCCAUCCUCGUGUCUGCGGCGGUCAUGCCCGACCCUGGCGCCUUCACCAUUCGCGGCUUGAGAAACGGGGAGGAGAUGCAGAAUUCCGCUGUUAGCGACAUGAUCUUCAACUGCGCGAAGCUUGUGAGCUUCCUAUCCGAGGGCACCACGCUUCCUCCAGGGACAGUCAUCAUCACUGGCACGCCUGCCGGUGUAGGUCUCGGGAAGAAACCUCCAGCUUAUCUUAAGGACAAGGACGAGUACGUGGUUGAAUUGCUCCCGCACGUUGGAAGCCUCUACUCGGUAUUCGAAGCCGAGAAAUAGCGGUCUAGAUGUCGGCUGCCAUUUAGAUUACGGGAGCAGGGAUGACUUAGGAAGAAAAAUGUCUGCAUCACGAUAUUAUUAGGCCAUGAGGUCUAUGCAAAGAAUAGAUGCGACGCUCAGACAAUGUUGCCCGACCGAAGUAAGGGUGGGCCGUGGAAUGCCACAGGCGCUCAUCGGGAAUUUUCGAUGCAUUUCGGGCUUCACCGGGUCUACUUCAGCCUCGUGAGGCAAAGCAAAA